GGAAGCUGGUGGAUUAAACUCCGUGGGAUGUGCUUCUUUGUCAGCAGCACAUCGUGUGAGAAACACGCGUGGGAAGGAGGCGGUGGACCCGUGACUGCAGCAGAGAAGUCUGGGAAGGGGUGCGUCCACAGCGAGGAGAGAUGCUCCCCAGAAAGGGAACAGAUAAGGCGAUCCAGGGCCCAGGGGCAGCACUAAAAGCCGGUGCAGGUUCUAUCCGGCCUAACUCAUACAACAGACGGCCGUCGGGUGAAUGACAUUAAAAUCCGGGAGAAACCGUGGACGAACCGGGCAAUAUGGGGGCCUUCCGCUUCAUACGUAAGACUAGACUAAUCGCUUCCUGUUUGGUGCUGAGAGGCUUGGUGAUGUGGAACCUUUCUUCUCGUGAUUCGUUCUUCCUGCGGGGGAACUGAUUUCCAAGGGACCCACGGCGUGCACUUUUACUUGAUGCACAGGGCAGUAGGGAUUGUUGCCCUAGUAACCGCUCGCUGGAGCUCGUUUAGGACCGUCCAGAGCAACUACGCCUUGCCACGUGUUAGGACUGCAUCAUGAUGAAUAGCCGUGUGCCGUGGGUCGCCAGGCGGCGAUGGCUAAGUCGAGAUGGACUCCCCAAACAUCCCAGCGCGGAGGAGAGCGCGAAACUGACGGAGCUGCUGCAGAGCGUGGUGAAGGAGGACGAGGAGGAGGAAGAUGGGGCCGGGGCUGCCCGGAAGGCGCGCCGCGCGCCAGAAGAGGCCUCGGUCUUGCUCUUCCCCGGCCAAGGCAGCCAGUACGUGGGGAUGGGUCAAGGACUGCUUCGUUACCCGAAUGUGCGCGAGCUUUUCCGCGUAGCCGAGCGCUUGCUGGGCUACGACCUGUUGAGCCUCUGCCUGCAAGGACCGCGCGCCGAGCUGGACCGCACGGUAUACAGCCAGCCCGCCGUCUUCGUCAGCUCCUUGGCCGCAGUCGAGAAGCUCCACCACCAACAGCCCACGGUGAUUGAGAACUGUGUUGCAGCUGCUGGAUUCAGUAUUGGUGAAUAUGCAGCGCUUGUUUUUGCAGGAGCCAUAGACUAUGCAGAAGCUUUAUAUGCAGUAAAGGUGCGUGCUGAAGCCAUGCAAGAGGCAUCGGAAGCUGUCCCAAGUGGAAUGCUCUCUGUUAUUGGCCGACAUAGUUCUGAUUAUGUCACUGCUUGCUUGGAAGCUCGUGAAUAUUGCAAGUCAGUGGGCAUAGAAAAUCCUGUAUGUGAAGUUUCAAACUACUUGUUUCCAGAUAGCAGAGUCAUUGCAGGACACUUGCAGGCUUUGGAGUUCCUACGACAAAAUUCAAAAAAAUACUCAUUUGCACGUCUGAAAAUGCUGCCAGUUAGUGGUGCUUUUCACACUCGACUUAUGGAACCAGCUGUGGAACCUUUAACUGAAGCUCUCGCAUCAAUUAACAUUCAAAAACCAUUCAUCCCUGUCUAUUCAAAUGUGGAGAACCAGAAAUACACACAACCAAAACAGAUUCAGCAUUUAUUAGCAAAGCAGUUGGUUUUACCUGUGAAAUGGGAGCAGACCAUGCAUGCCAUAUAUGAGAGAAAAAGGGGAAUAGGGUUUCCUUACACAUAUGAAGUAGGGCCUGGGAAACAGCUAGGAGCAAUCCUUAAAAGCUGCAAUUUCAAAGCCUGGAAAUUCUAUAAAAAUAUUAACGUUUCAGAAGAUGAGACAAAAGAGGAAAUAUAGAGGAGUCUGAAGAAAAAUGUUCAUAGUGUAUUCUGCUACCACCUCCCUCCCCCACUUAAUUUAAAACAGAUUUAUUAUUCAUUACAAAUGAAGUCAUGGCAGACAUGGAGGAAUACACAUAGGGCCCUCCAUUUCCCCCAGAAUAGGGAAACAUACAUUGUUGCCAUGCAAUUGCUACAAAUAGAAAGCUCAAGAUUAAGCUGCUUUUUACCUCAUGACGUGAACAGCCAUCAGCCAUCACUCUGGAUUGCAUUCCACCAAGUAUUUGUCCAUGAGGAAGCCUCUUUAAAUCAAUGGUUCCAGCUAGAAGCCUUUAAGAAUUUUUUUAUACAUUACUGUUAAAUAGGCUUACAUGUUCAUUUUAAACAAGCCAAAGGUUUGUGAUGACUCCCAGUCACGAUAUUGUUUAGACUCUUCUUCAAUGAGAUUUUUGAAUGUGAACUGUUUUCUUUAUUUUAUAUACUACUGAAAGGGAGAGCAAAUCUGAUAGAAAAAUAUUAAAUAAAUGGUUUUGUUUUUUUAAAGUAUGGUGAGUGUAACUCUUCCCCCUAGAAUAAUGUUUUGGAUGCUGUAGUUGCAGAGACCCAUAAUAGUGAGUUCCUGUGCCCUAUUGUCUUACAAUUAUUAGAUUAAUCUUAUUAAAGACCUGUCUUGCAAAGAC